AUGCCAAUCCAGAUUUGUGAUUUCGGGGUUGCAAAUUGGCUGCCACAACAAUGGACUCACCACAAUGUGUCAAAGUUUGAAGGCACAUUCGGGUAUUUUGCUCCCGAGUACUUUAUGCAUGGCAUAGUAGAUGAGAAAACUGAUGUGUUUUCUUUUGGAGUGCUACUUUUGGAGCUCAUAACAGGACGGCGAGCUUUAGAUGAUUUGCGGCAGAGCCUUGUGCUUUGGGCAAAACCUUUGCUUGAUAACAAUAAAACUAAGGAACUCGUUGAUCCUUCUCUUGGUGAUAAUUACAAUCCAGAAGAAAUGGAUCAUGUAAUCUUGACUGCCUCCUUGUGCAUAGAACAGACUCCAAUUCUGCGGCCUCGAAUGAGUCAG